UCCGCCCCCAGCCGGACUUUCAGGCCCCCGUCUUCUCGCGAGCGGCCGUCCGAGCACCAGCCUCGCUGCCGCAGAGACACUCGCCGCGCCGGUGCCGGAGCCGGAGCGGGGGAGCCGGGCUGCGUGCGUCUAGCCGCCGAGCAGGGAGCGCCCGGGGCGGGGGCGGCAGGCGGACAGCGGCUCUGGGCGGCCGGGGAGCAAUGCCCGCGCGGCUACGCUGAAUGGCGCCUCCUCUGCGACCCCUCGGCCGGCUGCGACCGCCGGGGAUGCUGCUCCGCGCGCUCCUGCUCCUGCUGCUGCUCAGUCCUGUGCCAGGAGUGUGGUGCUUUAGCGAACUGUCUUUUGUAAAAGAACCACAGGAUGUAACUGUCACAAGAAAGGACCCAGUCGUUUUAGAUUGCCAGGCUCACGGAGAAGUUCCUAUUAAGGUCACAUGGUUGAAAAAUGGAGCAAAAGUGUCUGAAAAUAAACGGAUCGAGGUUCUUUCUAACGGCUCUUUAUACAUCAGUGAGGUGGAAGGCAGGCGAGGAGAGCAGUCCGAUGAAGGAUUUUAUCAGUGCUUGGCAAUGAACAAAUAUGGAGCCAUUCUUAGUCAAAAAGCUCAUCUUGCCUUAUCAACUAUUUCUGCAUUUGAAGCUCAGCCAAUUUCCACUGAGGUGCACGAAGGUGGAGUUGCUCGAUUUGCAUGCAAGAUUUCAUCCCACCCUCCUGCAGUUAUAACAUGGGAGUUCAAUCGGACAGCUCUACCUAUGACUAUGGACAGGAUAACUGCCCUACCAACAGGAGUAUUGCAGAUCUAUGAUGUCAGCCAAAGGGAUUCUGGAAAUUAUCGUUGUGUUGCUGCCACUGUAGCCCACCGACGUAAAAGUAUGGAGGCCUCGCUAGCUGUCAUUCCAGCUAAGGAGUCUAAAUCCUUCCACACACCAACAAUUAUAGCAGGUCCACAGAACAUAACAACGUCUCUUCAUCAGACUGUAGUUUUGGAAUGCAUGGCCACAGGAAAUCCCAAACCAAUCAUUUCUUGGAGCCGCCUUGAUCACAAAUCCAUUGAUGUCUUUAAUACUCGGGUACUUGGAAGUGGUAAUCUCAUGAUAUCUGAUGUCAGGCUACAACAUGCUGGAGUAUAUGUUUGUCGGGCCACUACCCCUGGCACACGCAACUUUACAGUUGCUAUGGCAACUUUAACUGUAUUAGCUCCUCCUUCAUUUGUUGAAUGGCCAGAAAGUUUAACAAGGCCUCGAGCUGGCACUGCUCGAUUUAUGUGUCAGGCAGAAGGAAUCCCCUCUCCCAAGAUGUCAUGGUUGAAAAAUGGAAGGAAGAUACAUUCGAAUGGUAGAAUUAAAAUGUACAACAGUAAAUUGGUAAUUAACCAGAUUAUUCCUGAAGAUGAUGCUAUUUAUCAGUGCAUGGCUGAGAAUAGCCAAGGAUCUAUUUUAUCUAGAGCCAGACUGACUGUGGUGAUGUCGGAAGACAGACCCAGUGCUCCCUAUAAUGUACAUGCUGAAACCAUGUCAAGCUCAGCCAUUCUUUUAGCUUGGGAGAGGCCACUUUAUAAUUCAGACAAAGUCAUUGCCUAUUCUGUACACUACAUGAAAGCAGAAGGUUUAAAUAAUGAAGAGUAUCAAGUAGUCAUUGGAAAUGACACAACUCAUUAUAUUAUUGAUGACUUAGAGCCUGCCAGCAAUUAUACUUUCUACAUUGUAGCAUAUAUGCCAAUGGGAGCCAGCCAGAUGUCUGACCAUGUGACACAGAAUACUCUAGAGGAUGUUCCCCUGAGACCUCCUGAAAUUAGUUUGACAAGUCGAAGUCCCACUGAUAUUCUCAUCUCCUGGCUGCCAAUCCCAGCCAAAUAUCGGCGGGGCCAAGUGGUGCUGUAUCGCCUGUCUUUCCGCCUAAGUACUGAGAAUUCCAUCCAAGUUCUGGAGCUCCCGGGGACCACGCAUGAGUACCUGUUGGAAGGCCUGAAACCUGACAGUGUCUACCUGGUUCGGAUUACUGCUGCCACCAGAGUGGGGCUGGGAGAGUCAUCAGUAUGGACUUCACAUAGGACGCCCAAAGCUACAAGCGUGAAAGCCCCUAAGUCUCCAGAGUUGCAUUUGGAGCCUCUGAACUGUACCACCAUUUCUGUGAGGUGGCAGCAAGAUGUAGAGGACACGGCUGCUAUUCAGGGCUACAAGCUGUACUACAAGGAAGAAGGGCAGCAGGAGAAUGGGCCCAUUUUCUUGGAUGCCAAGGACCUACUCUAUACUCUCAGUGGCUUAGACCCCAGAAGAAAAUAUCAUGUGAGACUCCUCGCUUACAACAUAGAAGAUGGCUAUCAGGCAGAUCAGACUGUCAGCACUCCAGGAUGCGUGUCUGUUCGUGAUCGCAUGGUCCCUCCUCCACCACCACCCCACCAUCUCUAUGCGAAGGCUAACACCUCAUCUUCCAUCUUCCUGCACUGGAGGAGGCCGGCAUUCACUGCUGCACAAAUCAUUAACUACACCAUCCGCUGUAAUCCUGUUGGCCUGCAGAAUGCUUCUUUGGUUCUGUACCUUCAAACAUCAGAAACUCAAAUGUUGGUUCAAGGUCUAGAACCAAACACCAAAUAUGAAUUUGCUGUUCGAUUACAUGUGGAUCAGCUUUCCAGUCCUUGGAGCCCUGUAGUCUACCAUUCUACUCUUCCAGAAGCACCAGCAGGCCCACCAGUUGGAGUAAAAGUGACAUUGAUAGAGGAUGACACCGCCCUGGUUUCUUGGAAACCCCCUGAUGGCCCAGAAACAGUUGUGACCCGCUAUACUAUCUUAUAUGCAUCCAGGAAGGCCUGGAUUGCAGGAGAGUGGCAGGUCUUACACCGUGAAGGGGCAAUAACCAUGGCUUUGCUAGAAAACUUGGUAGCAGGAAAUGUGUACAUUGUCAAGAUAUCUGCAUCCAAUGAGGUGGGAGAAGGACCCUUUUCAAAUUCUGUGGAGUUGGCAGUACUUCCAAAGGAAACCUCUGAAUCAAAUCAGAGGCCCAAGCGUUUAGAUUCUGCUGAUGCCAAAGUUUAUUCAGGAUAUUACCAUCUGGACCAAAAAUCAAUGACUGGCAUUGCUGUAGGUGUUGGCAUAGCCUUGACUUGCAUCCUCAUCUGUGUUCUCAUCUUGAUAUACCGAAGUAAAGCCAGGAAAUCAUCUGCUUCCAAGACGGCACAGAAUGGAACUCAACAGUUACCUCGUACCAGUGCCCCCUUAGCUAGUGGAAAUGAGGUAGGAAAGAACCUGGAAGGAGCUGUAGGAAAUGAAGAAUCUUUAAUGCCGAUGAUCAUGCCAAACAGCUUCAUUGAUGCAAAGGGAGGAACUGACCUGAUAAUUAAUAGCUAUGGUCCUAUAAUUAAAAACAACUCUAAGAAAAAAUGGUUUUUUUUCCAAGACUCAAAGAAGAUACAGGUUGAGCAGCCUCAAAGAAGAUUUACUCCAGCCGUCUGCUUUUACCAGCCAGGCACCACUGUAUUAAUCAGUGACGAAGACUCCCCUAGCUCCCCAGGUCAGACAGCCAGCUUCUCAAGACCCUUUGGUGUUGCAGCUGAUACAGAACAUUCAGCAAAUAGUGAAGGCAGCCAUGAGACUGGGGAUUCUGGGCGGUUCUCUCAUGAGUCCAACGAUGAGAUACAUCUGUCCUCAGUUAUAAGUACCACACCCCCCAACCUCUGAUUCUUUCACUGGCAGUGAUUCAGGUGGAGAUUCCGCAAUGAGGAAGUGUGAAGACCCUGCCAUGUCACCCGUUGCUGAGCAGACUUCCUCCUUGGUUCUGCAGCCACCGUCUGCCAUGCUGUGCUUUGAUAAAAAUGAUUUUCCAAUCUAGACGGCCAUGCUCAGGUAUUCUCACCAGUAAGUCUGUUCGAAGGACAAUGAACAGGGAGCCAAAGCCUUUGUGAAACUCUUGAUCUUUAUGGGGUAUUUUAGCUUUUUUUGAAUGUGUUUUGUUUUUUAUUUUUAAACUUGUGUAAUUUGAAUGUUUCAUUGUCAGCAAUGUGAAAGAACAGUCGAGAUGUUUGACUGGAUUAUAAACUAUAUCACUGGAGCAAAGGGAAGGCUUUGGAAAGCCCCUUUGCUGACUAUCUACCUCAGUUUGCCUCCUGGCAAACUCUGAAGACAACUUUGUUACCUCAUUUGUUGUUAUAGUUUAUCUCAGCUACAUAACCAAUGAUACUUCCUAGUAGUAUUGUGUUUUCAUUGCUGUAUGUGUAAUGUGUGUGAUCAAAGGAGUCAUAUAGGUAGAUGAGUAAGAAUGUUUAUCUGAAGCUCUGAUUUUUUUUUAAAAAAAAGAAACUGUGACAUCUGCAUGGUUUGGAUAAGUUCAUACCUCUGGCUGUGAGGACCGUUAAACCACUGAGAAGAGGAAAAGUGGGGCUAUUUCUUUUAACAAAUGACCAAAACAAGAAAGUAUAUUUCUUUUGAGAACAGAACUAUUCAAUACCAGAUAAGGAUCAUUUUGCUUAAAAGGCCUUUAUGUUUUGGGCGUUAGAGUCUGAGUGCUUUAUCUCCCAUAUCCCAAACCUCAAGCUGCCCAGAACUGUGCCUUUUCUACCUUCCCCUUUGCCUGACAGUUGGCCAAAGGCUACACUAUCUAGUUUGCAAAGCAUCCUCAACUUCGCCAGUAUUAGUUGCAAAACCCCAUGCAGAAAAUGGAUUUUAAAAGAAAAUGGGUUAAGGUGGGUUUUUUUUCCUUUUUUUUAAAUCCCAGUUUGGCUUAAAGAAGUGAAGAAGUUUCAUAAACUAUUAAGAAUGAAGAUAAAUGCAACAGUAGACAGUAAAAUGAACUUGAAGUUAUUAUGGUAACAGUGCCUUUCAGUAUAAUGAAAUUCUUUGCCUUAUACCUUUUUAAUAUUCAUGAAGUUGUUUAGGAACAGGAGUACAAAAAGUUGCCUUAAGAGUUUCUUGAAUUUUAUCAAUAACUAUUUUGAUGUAUAGUGUCUUACCAAGGCAUUUUUUUUAAGUGCAGGUUUUGUUCAGGCAUAAAUAUUCAGAGUUCUACCACCCUACAUGUGUUUUCUUGAAUUCUUAAGAGAAUAUGGUACCUACUUAAUCGUCCUUCAGUGUCAAUGCUGUGAAUGAGGAAUGCUGACUCCAGGAGUGAGUUAAUCCUCUUGCUGGUAUGAAAUCAGCAAGUUGUUUACUCAGCUACAUAACAUAGGCCUUUUCUACGUCAUGAGACAGUUACCUAGGUGCCGAGCAGUGGGAGAGGAUCAAGAACUAAACACGUGUAGAGAAGGGGUCCCGUAUCCUUUUAAAAGUAUUUUUUUCAAAUUUUCUGGAAGUGACUUUUGAUUCUCAUUUUAAAAGGAAUCAUCAUGGGUUUACACUUGAAAUGCUUUGUUCCUGGAGGAGGUGGGGUCAUGUUCACUGAUGUUCUAAAAUCAAAAGAAUAUUAGCGGGUAAUAGUCCCAGCAUCAUCUGCUAGUCUAAUGACUGUAGAUAGAACAUUUUUAAUUCUUUUAAAUCUGUAAUUUUGUGCCAAACUGGAUGUGAUUAAGACUAAAGUUCAAUGCCAGCAACCACUUCUGGACUAAACUCAAAGUCCCCCAGUUAGUUAUCUAAGUAUGGAAUUCAUCGCAAAACAAACAAAAAAGCAGAGCUUUAGGUGAACAGUCUGCAGCAAGGAAAGAUGCUUCUCCUGCCUGUGUAGCUCCUGUUCUGUACUACCUCCUUUUAAACUUAUUCUAGUGUUAUUUUUUUUCCUGUGCUCAGGGAACAUUUUGUUACUUUUGAGCUGCCUCAUGGAAGCAUGGGCAGAUUGACAGGGUAUAGCGCUUUGUGGUUCGUAAGUAGAAGUAUAUAGGGCUGACUUUUAUCAGUAUCUAAAAUUAAGUACAGUGAGAUCAUUGUAUUUUUAAGCUUUCAUUAAAAGGCAAACAAAAUCUAAAGCUGAAACAUCAUCCAUCAUGGUUAUGGAAGAUGCGUCUAGGACUACAUGAAUUCGAAUGGUUUUAAAUGGCUAAAAAGAUGAGCUAAAGUCCUUGAGGAAAGUUGUUUGUUUGUUUGUUUUUUGAUGAAUAGACUUAUAGUUAUAAUAGAACUUUAGGCUAUAACUAUUUGAUGAUUAUUUACCAGUACAUUUUUUACCUUUUCAUUUUGUUCUUUUACGGACUUUUUCAUAAUAAUCCUGUUACCAAAGAAUUUUCAGUAGAAAAUAAAAUUUUGAUUAUAAUUCCCCCCAAAUUGAAUUAACUAGAAACAUUUAUAGAUAUGAAACUUACACAAGUAGUUACUAGCCCAAAACAAUAGGGUUUAUAUUGAUUGUUGUAGUUAAAUAGAUUAGUAAUGUUAACUACCUUAUUGUUACCAGAGCAUUUAAAAUAAGUUGUAAUACCUUCUUUACCAGCAGAUCGUUCCAAAGAAUUUCAGGUAUAAUUUUUUCUUC